AUGGCGUCACCUCUGGUUUGGCAGGGCGGCCCCACCUGGGGUGCUGGAGAAAAAAAGCAGCCCCAGAUGACCACCGGAAUGAGGGAAGCAAUGAAGAUUGUUUGCCAAGACCUAAGUGGGCCUUUACAGGACAGAACUCUGUCUUUUCCAGAAGGAAGACCAGGAUAUUUAUAUCGGUUUACAUUUGAGCCUCCUGUUGCCAGUUUGAGAUUGACUGGUGAAAAAGAAAGCAUCAUAUUCAUCUUGCCCAAUGAUGGAACUCUGUAUCUGAAUGGGACUUUCGACUGGGAAAAGAAAAACAUUUACAAGCUACAGGUGGAAGGUCUGGAUGCAAACAAGGUGAGAGUGAGAGGCCCAUAUUCCAUCACUAUAAAUGUUGAAGACAUUAAUGACCACGCGCCCAAAUUUGAUCAGGCAAAAUACUAUGGAGUAGUGAGACAAAACUCCCGCGCAGGAAAGCCCUUCAUGUAUGUCACUGCUCAAGAUAAAGAUGACCCCAGUACCCCACAUGGACAGCUGAGAUACAGCAUUCAGCAACAUUUCCCUAACCCUUACAAUGAGAUGCUUUUUCAGAUUGACAAUAUCACAGGAGCAGUUUCAACAAGCCCCAAGGGAGCUAUUAAAUUAGAUCCCCAGGAUGUGGCUAUAUUUACCCUCGUCGUUGCGGCAAGGGAUAUGGCAGGACAGUCCAUGAAUUCUUUCAGUACCACUACUGAUGUUAAUGUCACUGUGAUGGAAAAUCUUUGGAAGGCACCUCCACCAGUAAAGAUCACAGAGAACUCCACUGAACCCCAUCCUGUCGUCAUUUCUCAGGUGCAGUGGAACGAGCCAGGUGCAAAGUAUGAAAUCUUUCAUAAGGAGAAACCUGCUAUUGAACUCCCAUUUACAGUUGAUCAAGAUGGGAAGAUUUAUGUGACUAAACCACUGGACAGAGAAGAAAAAGCUUCCUAUUCAUUCGCUGUAGCAGCAAAGGAUAAAGACGGAGACUUCCUGGCCCGCCCAGUGACUGUUAGCGUCACAGUGCAAGACAUUAAUGAUAAUCCCCCUGUGUGCGACAAAGCUCUGACUAAAUUUGAAGUUCAGGAGAAUGAAGAUGUAGGGAAUGAUAUAGGAAUUCUGAUGGCUUCAGACCGAGAUGAAGAAGGCACACUUAACUCUCGCUUGAAGUACCUCAUAGUAGAGCAGAGCCCUCAAAUCCCUUCAAAGGACAUGUUCCGCAUCGAAUAUGAAAGUGGGAAAUUCCAGUUACUUAGGUCUGAAUUAAACAGACGAGUAGCUUCUAAUUACUCUGUGAAGGUGGAAGUGGCAGAUCCAGUAUUCAAAACACUGUGCAACGUGGAAAUACAUGUCAUCGAUAUCAAUGAUCAGAUCCCUCUGUUUGAAAAAUCAGAUUAUGGCUCUCUUAAUUUGCCAGAAGACACACCAGUUGGAAUUGUAUUGUUGGAAAUUCAAGCUACAGAUGCUGAUGAGCCAUUCACUGGAAGCUCUCAAAUCAUAUACACAUUCACAGAAGGAGAUCCAAACAAUACUUUUACGAUAGAGACUGAUCCCAAAACAAACAAAGGAUAUGUUAAAAUUAAUAAGGUGCUUGAUUUUGAAACUUCACCGGUGUAUAACCUUAAAAUCAGUGCCACGAACCCUGAACCUUUGGUGGCUGGGGUACAGUAUAAUUCGAACUCUUUUGCUUACUGGAGAGUUAAUUUAGUAGAUGUGAAGGAAGCGCCAGUUUUCGUCAAAGCCCCCUACAUGGUUGCUGUUCUUGAAAAUGCUCCUGUAGGUUCUGAGGUGGUGAUCCCAUCAGCCUUUGAUCCUGAAGGAGACCGGAUAUGGUACACACUGAGAAAUGACCACAGGAAAUGGUUGAGAAUUGACCCUUCAAAUGGCACUAUAUACAUAGCUGCUUCAAUGGAUCGGGAAACGGAACGUACUUACAUGGUGCAAAUAGUUGCAACUGAGGAAACUAGAGAGUCUCGGAGCUCCACAGCUCAAGUGAUCAUACGCCUCAUGGAUGUGAAUGACAACCCACCAGAACUACCAGAAGAUUUUUCUUUGUUCUUCUGCCACCCACUCCAAGGAAAUGAGGAUGGAAAGCUGAUUCAAGUUGUUGACCCUGAUGAACAUUCACAUUAUCAAAGGUUCACUUAUACUCUCCUGGGUGGGAGCGCAAUGCAAAGUGACUGGAAUCUUACAAAAAUGGAAGGAAAACAUGCACACAUCUCCCCAAAGAACAGAGAUCUCGAAUCAAAAGCCUAUGAGAUACCAAUACAAAUUAAUGACAAUGGAAAUCCACCUUUGGCUAGUAAUGUCAUGCUGAAAGUAAAUGUGUGCAAAUGUGGAGAGGAUAAGUCAUGCUUCCGAGAAGUCCCAACUGGCCCACGUCCAACUGUAGCAAUGGCAAUUGGCAUCCUAGUUGGUGUACUGGUAGUCAUUGGUAUCAUUUUAGGAGUUGUAUUUUGGCACCUGGAACGCAAGAAGAAGAAGGAGCAAAAAGCCAACCCAGUGACUGCCCUGAACCCAUCAGAAUUGAGAACCUUGACAUAA